GGAAAUAACAAUAGCUCAAAUUCGCUAAAUCCAGACGAUAAUAAUCGCAGAUCUGGGCCAGACACACGUCAGGAACAGCUAGCUGUUCAUGAGUCCCUAAUUGUCAACUCCCGACAGUACGACAGAAUUGUGAUGGGAUAUGGCGGCACCAGAAACUCAGCUCAUGUUAAGCGUUGGAUUAAUUGAGAAAGACAUGAAUGCGGACACCUUGUGGGUGUGGUGCUAUCCCUCAGUCAGUGCUGAGUUUCGGGAGGUCCUGCUCAGUAAGUGCUGUCUCAGACAGGACAGCCAUGGUUUGCACACUUUUGUGUUCGGCCAGUUCUGCCGUACCUGGUACUACAUAUCCACUGUAGAGGUGCAGGAACCCACCACCCUAAAGAAGGUCACACAUUUUUCAAUAGUUGUCACAGCAAAGGACUUCAACCCUGAGAAGUAUGCAGCAUUCAGUCGAGUACUAUGCAGGAUGUACAUUAAACAUGGGAGCCCAGUGAAAAUGAUGGAGGGUUACAUUGCAGUCCUCACCAAAGGCAUCUGCCAGAGUGAUGAGAAUGGCUCCUUUCUCAUCAAGGACUACGAUGUCAGGAAGGCGUAUUUAGCAGGCUCAGUGAAAGAUGUGGUGUCCCAGUUUGGGAUGGAGACCAUCAUCCUGUACACAGCCCUUAUGCUAAAGAAGAGGGUUGUGGUCCAUCACCCUCGGGUUGAAGCACUGUUGGAGUUCACAAGAGCUCUUCCAGCUCUGACAUGGCACCGGAAAGACUGGUCCAUUCUGUACCCUUAUGUCCACCUGACUGACAGUGAGCUAGAGAAUCUCAGGACAUGCACUGGAUAUGUUGCAGGAUUUGUUGAUCCAGAAGUGAGCAACAGAUCGGACUUGUUUGAUGUGUAUGUAAACCUCCCAGAUAGUGAGAUUACCGUAUCCCAGAGUGCCAAAGAGGCCAUGGCUAUGGGAAAGCUGCACAAAGACAUUGGGCUCGUCAUUGUCCAGUCUGCAGAGGAUCCUGAUAGAACAGAUGGGCAGGUUAUCAAGGACAUUUCCAUAAAGACGAGGGAGAUCCUUGCUAACUUGACGUCAUUAGCCGAGGAAUGUGAGAACUCUAAAAUCACCCUCGAGACCUUAAAGCAGCAUCACUUCCCGCCUGCUACGGAGAACUUCCUGUUCCACUUGGCAGCUGCUGAGCAGCUCCUCAAGAUAUGACCCUUGACCUCCUACAUCGUGUAACAUGCCAUGUGGUGUGAGGACACUGAAUAUUAGCAUGGGCAUUCAUCUAUGUAAUUAUACAUAUAGUGGCAUGUUAAGGAGAAUGGGAAGAACUCGGGUAUCACACACUAUUGCAUUCCUGACUCUUAACAAUACUAACAAAGCCUACUUUUUACAAUGUAACAGUCAAAUGAGAUAUACAGACAUUGUCUUGUUUUGACAAUAAUACAAUAACAGCAUUUACAUGGCAUUCCAUAGUUCAGCAAUUCAAUAGUUUAUUUUAAGACCGUUAACAGAUUCAUUUGAGUUCUCAAGAACCUUGAUUUAUCCUGUUAGAUUUCAGAAUUUAAAGAAACAGAUCUAAGGCAAAUAUGAGAAAUAUGUAUACUGAACAGAAAUAUACAAUAAAUGCAACAAUUUCAAAGA